AUGGACGACCUGGACGCCCUAUUGGCCGACCUGGAGACGACGACAUCGCACCUCGCCCGGCGGCCGGUGCUGCUGACGGACCCGCCGGGGGGCACCCCCAUCCACCCACCCUCCACCCCUGGUGGGGACCCCCCCGGCCACCCCCACCCCCCUACGGCCCGCACGGUGCAGAAGGCCCGGCCACCCCGGCCCCCGCCGGCCCCCCCUGGCCUGGGGGAGCUCGACCGGCUCCUCCGUGACCUCAACGCCACCCACAGCUCCAUCGCAGAUGAGAUCCUGGCCCAGUUCCCCCCCCUGAAAAGCCCCGAGGGGGUGAAGAGGAAGGAGGCGGCAGAUGAGGCUGAAGUCGGGAUGUCCCCCCCGCGCCCCCCUAUCAGCACCACCCCCCCAGAGCUCCCCCCUAACCCUCUCCCUGCCCCCCCAAAGCAGCUCGGGGACCCCCCCGAUGCCCCCACCUCGGCCACCUCGGCCACCCAGGAGCUGGACAAGCUGAUGGCCUCGCUCUCCGACUUCCACCUCCACCGCACCCCCCCCCCAAAAAAGGGGGUUCCUGAGGAAGGGAACCUGGACUCGAUGCUGGUGCUGCUGCAGUCAGACCUGAGCCGUCAGGGGAUCCCCACGGGGGCGAAGGGGGUUUGUGGGUCCUGCCAGAAGCCCAUCGCUGGGAAGGUGGUGAGGGCUUUGGGGUGCGCCUGGCACCCCGAGCACUUCGUCUGCGCCCGCUGCGGGGGGGAGCUGGGGGGCGGCAGCUUCUUCGAGAAGGACGGGGCGCCCUACUGCCCGCGGGACUACGGACGGCUCUUCUCCCCCCGCUGCGCCCGCUGCGCCCAGCCCAUCCUCGAUAAAAUGGUGACGGCGCUGGACAAGAAUUGGCACCCAGAGCACUUCUGCUGCGUCAAGUGUGGGCAGCCUUUCGGCGAGGAGGGCUUCCUGGAGAAGGAUGGCCAGCAGUACUGCCGCCAGGACUUUGCCGAGCUCUUCUCCAGCCGGUGCCGGGGCUGCGGGCGGCCCAUCCUGGAGGGCUACAUCGCCGCCCUCGAGGGGCUCUGGCACCCCGAGUGCUUUGUCUGCCGGGAGUGCUUCGCGCCCUUCGUGGGGGGCAGCUUCUUCGAGGAUGGUGGCCACCCCUACUGCGAGCGGCACUUCCACGCCCGGCGGGGCUCGCUGUGCCGGGGCUGUGGGGAACCCAUUGCCGGCCGGUGCGUCACCGCGAUGGCCCAACGCUUCCAUCCCGAGCACUUUGUCUGCGCCUUCUGCCUCCGGCCCCUCUCCAAGGGCACCUUCCAGGAGCAGGAGGGCAAGCCCUACUGCCAGCCAUGCUUCCUCCGCCUCUUCGGGUGAGGCCACCAUGGCCCCCCCCAGCCCCACCGAUGGUGCCCCAUGGUGUAGGGUGCCCCACAGAGGUCCAAUGGACACCCCACGACCACCACAGGAACAUCCCAUGGGUGCCCCGUUGCAUGGGAUACACCAUUGAGGUGGUCGUCAAGGUGCCCCAUGGUGCUUGGAGGCCUCAUGCAUGGGGAUCUGGCACCCUUGAGGUGCCCCAUGGUGUGGGGUGCCCCACAGAGGUCCAGUGGACACCCCACAACCACCACAAGAACAUUCCAUGCGUGAACCAUUGGAUGGGGUGCACCACUGGGGUGGUCAUGGAGGUGUCUUGGGGCACUUGGAGGCCUCAUGCACGGGACCCUUGAGGUGUGCAAGAGUGUAGGGUGCCCCACAGAGAUUGAAUGGGCACCCCAUGACCAUCCCAUGGGUGCCCCACUGGGAUGCUCCAUGGAGGUGGUCAUGGAGGUGCCCCCAUGGUGCCUGGGAGCCUCACAUGGGGGUCCAUCACCCCUGAGCUGCCCUGUGGUGUGGGGCGCCUGAUAAAUACCCCAUGGGGGUCCCAUGGGUGCUCCACGGUGCGGUGUGACCCACAGAUCCGUCCAUGGACUUGCCCCGUGCCAUGGGGUGACCAUGGAUCUGGCCCAGGACUUGCUCCACAGCAUGGGGUGGUCUCUGUGCAUGGUGCAGGACUGGAAGCACUGGGGGGCGCUGAUGGU